AUGAAUAAAUUUUUGUUCCUCUCCUUGAUUAUUUCUGUUUCUUUAGCUUCUCUUGAUGAUUAAGAUCUCAUCAAGAAAUAUUCUAUCAAAAUUCAUUAAAGAGGCGACAAUUCUAAUUAUCCAGAAAAAGGUGAUUAAGUCAAAGUGCAUUAUACAGUAAUUAUUUAUUUCUAUAUAAGGGAAAAUUACUUGAUGGCACAAAAUUUGAUAGUAGCAAGGAUAGAAAUCAACCUUUUGAAUUUAGAGUAGGAAUAGGUUAAGUCAUUAAAUGUUGGGAUGAGGUUGUUUUGAAUUUAACACUUGGUGAUAAAGUCACAGUUAUCUGUCCAUCUGAUACAGCAUAUGGAAAUAGAGGAGCAGGAAGAGUCAUUCCACCUAAUUCAGAUUUAUAAUUUGAUAUUGAUAUGCUAGGAUUUAGGGAUUAGGAAUUAUGAUGAAUAAAAUUUUAUAUACAUAAAAUAAAAAG